AAAGUCAGAAGCAAGUUACAUAAGGACUCAAUCAAACAUAACGCAACAAACAAAAAAAACCAAGUUACAGGUUAGAAAAUUGUUUUUGCAAGGCUCACAAGCAACAAGUAAAGAACUUUCUUGCAAGAGUUAUAGGUACCUUCAAAAAUAGUCUUUACAAAAAAACAUUAUUUCGUAAAAAAAGCAUCGAUGCCUCAUUUUCACCAAAGCGGUAGCAAACCACGACUGUUCAACUUUUUUUAACCCAAAGCAAAGUCAGAAGUGAACAAAGACAUAUCGGUUCACUUUGUCGGAUGCAAAGCCUCUCCGGCGAAGAUUGUGUGCCUAGAAAAAAAAACAAGUAUCUAGGAUACAAUAACUAGAUUACCCUUGCACGAAUGAAUAAUGGUAAGCAAGCAAUUUAAAAGUACUUUAGAAUUUUAUAUAGGAACUAACGAAAGCGGCACUCUCUAUAAAUAACCUUUGGCACGUACUAUGAAAAGACAUAAAAUAGAGAAUCGAUUAAAUAAUUCACCCUAGAAAUUUUGUUUUUUUUUUGAGUGAGUAAUCUUGCUCGAGACUAGUCGAAUUCUUUAGUGUUGGUCAACCGUCACGCGUGUCUUUACAAGAGAAUGAGAGGUGAAAGCAAGGGGCGUGGUUCCUUGGAAGAUGGACGUGAAGGUGACGAACCCUGCCUACCCGGCAGGACACACGUGUCACCAUCAAUCAAUCAAUCAACUGCGAUACUGCAGUGCAGAAUAGAUGGGAUUAGCUGAGGUAGUUAUGCUACCAUAACCGACUCCCUAACUACCAGCCCGCAUAUGAGCGCCGGCGAUCGAUGCAUAAACGCGCGCCGAGCAUUCGAUCGAGCGACACCGCAACGCUCGAACUGAAGACUGCAUUCUGCAAACAGCAACACGACAAGCAGGAGCAGCAGCUAAAGCAGCAGAUAUGGAUCGAUCGAUGGGGCUGAUGACAACGAUCAGGCUGCUGGCGGCGGCGGCGCUGCUGGUGCUGGCGUCGGGGCAGCAGCAGCCGCCGGCGGCGGCCUCGUGCACGGCGUCGCUGCUCACCAGCUUCACCCCGUGCUUCAGCUUCCUGACCAGCAGCAACGGCAGCAGCGGGUCUCCGCCGACGCGGGAGUGCUGCCGGUCGCUGGCGGCGCUGGUGGACGCCGGCACCGGCUGCGCGUGCCUCGUGCUCACGGGCGCCGUGCCGCUCGGAGUGCCCGUCAACCGGACGCUCGCCGUGUCGCUGCCCAGGGCCUGCGACUCCAUGUCCGUCCCGCUGCAGUGCCGAGACACGUCGGCUCAGAGCCCGGCCACCGGCCCCGUCGCAGCAGACACGCCGCCCGCCACGCCCGCGUCGCCGGCGGCAGCGACGACGCCGGACGCUCCCACGGCGACGCCACCGGACACAGGGGCGGGAGGCGGUCCUGCCCACCAGCGGCUCCGCCCGGAGAGCCAGCGCCCGCGUCGCCGCGACGCCGGCGCUGGUGCUGCUGCUCCUGCUCGCCGUUGCGGCCGCGCUUGUGUGAUCGCGCACGGCGGUGCGCUAUAUAUAUUGUCUGGUGGAGUGCUUUGUUUGGUGCAGUGGUGCUUGAUUAAUUUGUAGCAUUGUAGCACUGUAUUAACUGUACGUACGUAUAUUUGUUUGGCCACGAAUGUUAUACAAGCAGUGCUUCUGUGCAAGCGUGCAAAUAAACCAUCUAAUCCAUUAGAUUACGAUCCAACCAUAGAUACAACCAUAAUUUGUUAGGGUUUUUUUAUAAAGAUUAUUGAGCUGGUGGUGGAAGGAUUUAAGUGUUAAAUAUGACAUACGGUUGGAUCACGAUCUAAUGUAUCAAAUGGUUUGCUUACACACUUGCACAGAAGGACUGCUUGCAUAACAGUCGUUGUCUGUUUGUUUGCGAUUGAUGGCUCUGUUACAAAUAGUAUAUAUGUGCAAUUGUUCUGUCA